AUGUCCAGACCCCUAGAAGGCAAAUUCGGCAUCGUCACCGGCGGUUCGCGGGGAAUCGGCGAAGCGAUCGCCCGCAACCUCGCCGCAAAGGGCUGCUCCCUACUACUAAACUACACGUCCGCGAGCUCCCAAUCCCGGACCGAGGACCUGUGCACGGAGCUCGCAAGUCAACACUCGAUAAAAUGUGUCUGCGUGCAAGCCGACCUCUUCCACACCGAAGAAGCAACAGCCACGAUCCUCAAGGCGGCUCAGGAAAACUUCAGUUCCGAGACGACAGGCACCCUCCAAGUCGACAUCCUAAUCAACAACGCGGGCGUGAGCAAGGACCGCUUCCUCAACGACGAGGAAAAGGGCCCCAUGGACCGCGAGUACUUCAACUGGCAUUACACCAUUAACGUGCUGGCGCCGUUGCUGCUGACGCAGGCGGUUGCGCCGUUCCUGCCGACCGAUCGCAGUGGUCGCAUCGUCAAUAUCUCCAGUGUGUCGAGCAGCAUCGGGUUCACGGGCCAGACGGUGUAUGGGGGUACGAAAGCGGCGUUGGAGGCGAUGACGCGCACUUGGGCGAGGGAGUUGGCGGAUCGGGCUACGGUGAAUGCGGUGAACCCGGGGCCUGUUAUUGGGGAUAUGUAUUUUGCCACUGGGGAGGCGUUUUGGCAGCAGAUGCAAGGGUUUAUGGAUAAUACGCCGUUGAGUAAGGUGGUGGACGGCGACGAGAAGAUGAAUAGCUUGACGGAGGAGCAGCGGUACUUGAUUAAGGAGAAGAUGGGCGGCAGACGGCCGGCCUUUACCAAAUUAGAGUGUUUGGUUUGGUUUGGUUUGGUUUGGGGUGUUGUAUGGAUUGAUGUCCGUGAGGAAAACUACGAAACCGCUAAAGACGAAUUCGAAAUCGCAACCGACAGCACGAACGGCACGACCAUCUACGCGGCCUCGGACCGGGAGUCGGCGCGAGACGCUCUGAAUCAGCUGAGCGCGGUGUUUGCGCUCUAUACGACCGAGAUGCCCUCAUAUGGGGAGUCGCAGCAGCCGCAGCAGACGCAGCCGGAUGAUUCCGGAAGUCAGAUGGUGUCGACGUAUUUUGAUCCUGGGGAUAUCAAGCCGGAGGUCCGCGAGGAGGUCAAGAGGAGGGUUGGGCAUCGGCUGAGGGAGCUGGAGAAUGCGGUUGAGGCAUUGGAGGAAAGGGCUAAGGAUGACUAA